GCUGAAAAAGUGCCUCUGUUCCGUAAUACAGAUCUAUUUGCCUCUCCCUUCAGUGCCCGCGCUCGUGCACGCAGCGUGCGUGCUCAAGUGCCAGUGGUUUCCGUUGUGUUUCCUGAUUAUUGCUAGUGCGCGGUCAGGCGGGGCUUUUCUGCGCAGGACUCGGGAGAAACGUUUGGCUGUACGGCGCAUUGAACCGCAGUCCUGAACGGUGACAGUUUUUCAAACAUCUGCUAACGUUGUAAUCAAAAAGAGCUUGCUGUAUAGCAAUGGACGGCGAACAGAAUCAGGAAGUUCCAGAAGCUGUUACUGAGUCACAGGAUGUGGCGACAGAGCAUGAGGAGAAAGCAGAGCCUAAAUCUGAAGUAGCAGUUGAGGCGUCUUCAGAACCGGCCCCAGCAGUGGGUCAAUGUGCCGUGGAAAACGAUGAGGUGACCGAAUCUGCCAAACCUGAGAAAACCCCAGAAGCUGAGAAACCUCCAGAGGUGGUGGAAUCGGCACCCGAGCCAGAACAGAAGAAAGAGUCUAAAGCAGAGCCACAAGUUCAAGUGAAUUCUGAACCAGAGAAACAGGAGGAAGAAGCUGUGAAAGAGGUGGAGCCAAAGAAAGAGGAGGAGCCAAAGAAAGAGCCCGAGGCCAAACCCGAAGAAGUUGCUAAAGAUGGGGAGACACAGAAGGAGGAUGGAGAGGAAAAGGCGCAAGCAUCAGAGGCGGUUCAAGCUGAGCCUCCGAAGGAGGCAGAGGCCGAGCAGAAAGAGCCAGGACUGCCUCUGUUCUUUGGCUGGUUCCUGCUUCCAGAGGAAGAGGAGAGAAUAAAGUGUGCCACCAUGGACUUUCUCAAGACACUGGACACCCUGGAAGCCUUUAAACAACAUAUCAGUGAAUUUACUGGUGAAGCAGAGAAAGAGGUUGAUCUCGAACAGUACUUUCAGACCACAGAGCCUCUCCAUUGCACUACAAUGUUUUGUGACUAUGGCAAGGUGGAGGGGGCAAAGGAGUAUGCUGAGCUACAGGCAGUCAAAGAUUCUUUAGAGAAGUCCGAUGAGAUUUCUGUCACUGCUCUCUUAGUGACCCCUCGCACGUUUGGGGCCCGUGUGGAGUUGACAGAAACGCAGAUGAAACUGUGGCCUGAAGGGGGAGACAAAGCAGGGGCUCCCACCACCCUUCUACCCAGCAUUGAGGCUGUACCGGCCGGCAGCCGCGCCCACGUCACAUUGGGCUGCUCGGCCGGCGUAGAACCAGUUCAGACCGGUUUCGAUCUGCUGGAGAUCCUGGCCCUCCAGAAGGAGAGCAAGGAGGGCACCCAGGUUGAGAUGGAGCUGGGCACUUUGUCCUAUCUAGGGGAGGGCCGUUGGUUUCUUGCCCUGAGGGAAGCGAUCACAGCAGACGCCACCUUCUCUAGCUUCUCCGAAAACAAACCUACCACCGAGCAGGGCAAAAAGAACGGCGACAAGAAGAAGAAAAAGUGUGCCAUUCUGUGAGCGGAAAGCAAGGAGGAGAGAGGGGGGAAGAGAAGGGAGACAUUUCCUAAGGGCCCUGGCCCUCGAUCGGCUGUGGAUGAUGUUGUCUUUAUGCAUGUGUGUGUGUGUGUAGGUGGAUUGCGUGUGUGUUUUGCAGCUUUAGUGUAUGCGUGGUGAUGGCUUGGGAUGAUUUGGCAGGCAGCGUGAGGCCAGAUAUUCCAAAGCAGCCUUAGCUGGUGCCUUUCCUUUGCCUGGCAACAUGAGCUCGGAGGCCUUAAUAUCUGCCUUAAGGUCACGGAUCACUCUGCUGGAUUCACUCUGCGUUAGGUGCUAGUUCGUGUGGCUUCGGCCUUCGACCACCCCGUCCAUGUUCCUUUUACGCUGGUUCAUUCGCGAUUGGUCUUCCCUACACUUCAAGCACUUAGAUUUAGCUCAACUUUCCUGGUUCGAUUAACUGGAUUGUACUCUGUUUUAGUUCAGUUCUUGUUAAAUGGCUGCCGACGCAGUACCAUUAGAAGAUUUGGGUACCAAAUUUGCAUCUUCUAACUCUGAUCAGCAGUUUUGAUUAUUUAUCACAAGAACUUUAUUGAGGUUUAGAGUAUAACUGAUAAUCUAGCGUGUAAUUCUUCACUGUCCCCCCUCUCUUCAGGCUUUGCAGAGCUGAUGUACGACUAGUACGAUUUCCAAAUAUACACACCGCACCAUUAUUAUCUCACCCUGCAAAGUGUUUUGUGUGUGUGUGUGGGUGUGUGCGCCAACAUUUUGACAUGUUUUUCUUGUUCAUUGCGCUCACUUAAAAUGUUUUUUCUUUUAUUAAGUAAGUUUGCAUACGUUCUGGGAGAUGUUUUUAGGCUGUAGUGUGCGUUCUUGUGUUCAUUUGUGUCCGUGUAUGCAAUGAAUUGUCCUCUUUGAGCUGUCUUCCCAUUUACAAAUUUGGUUAAACCAAUGUAGCCUGUAUUUCUCAUUGGAUUUAUUCAUCCAAUCAGCUCCUUCAUAAAACAAGUGUAAUCACGUGUGAUAGUACAUUUAGUCUCUCAUUCAUGUCAGUUUUGAAAAAAAAUGUGCACUCUAAAUACUGUGACAAGCAUCGGUCUGGUGCCUUCCUCUUCUGUAGGUUUGUAGAUGGCUGAAGCCAUGCUUAUCUUAGAUCUCUGACAUCAAGGCACUAUAUUUUUGCACUUGCCAUGUUUUUCAUUUGUUUUGUACACUUAAUAAAGAAUGUGCUUGGCUCUGACAA